AUGACGCAUGAGGGGGCGUGACGUAUUGCUUUGGGGGACUCUUGUUGUCAGUCGGUUCACCCCGUUGCUGCCCGGUCGGAGCCGGUGUGCUUUGCCUACCGGGACUAUGACGCUGUCAUCACCGUGACAGCUGUCACAUGCCUCGGUCAAGGCGAGUGUGAAACUGUCAUGGCCGCCGCUGGCAUCUUUUAGCAUCUUCUUCUCCAUCGUUGUCGUCAGUGAGGCCUCUUGUGGCUUCUUUUUCGCUGUUUACUUUGGUAGUGGGAGACUACUUGUGAAAGGUUUCCUUCAUUUAGGAAUUUAGACACGAUGUGCAGUCGUCGUGCUCGCUUUUGUGUCUUGUCAUCAGUCAACGCUAGCAUUAGCCUGUGCUGUGAAUUGUUGCUGUAGCGGCAGAAGUAAACAUGGCCGAGCAGAACCUUUGUCCCCACCUGGACGACAUCGGAGAGGUCACCAAGGAUGAGCUCCUUCAGAAAUCCAAGGGAACCUGCCAAUCAUGUGGUGUCGGGGGGCCAAACCUCUGGGCCUGUCUUCAGAAUGACUGCCCUUAUGUUGGCUGCGGAGAGUCCUACUCUGACCACAGCACGCUGCAUGCUCAGGCUAAGAAGCACAACCUGACCGUGAACCUGACCACUUUCAGGAUCUGGUGCUAUGUAUGCGAGCGGGAGGUGUUUCUGGAACCUCGGCCCGCCCUGGUGCCUGCAGCCCCCCACCACUGUGCUGCCUCAGAGCAGGAAGCUGCGCCGCUCAGUCACCCGCUAAAAGGCGUGCCAAUAGCCAUGGCGGAAGACGAAGGGUCAGAGUCGGAGGAGGACGAGCUUAAGCCCAGAGGUCUAACAGGGAUGAAAAAUAUUGGGAACUCAUGCUACAUGAACGCUGCUCUUCAAGCGCUGUCCAACUGUCCUCCUCUCACUCAGUUCUUCCUGGACUGCGGGGGUCUGGUCCGGACCGACAAGAAGCCCGCUCUUUGCAAAAGCUACCAGAAACUCAUCUCAGAACUCUGGCAUAAAAAACGGCCCAGUUACGUGGUGCCUACCAGUCUGUCCCACGGCAUCAAGUUGCUGAACCCCAUGUUCCGUGGUUAUGCUCAGCAGGUAGGGGCAAGCACCCAGCAGGACACACAGGAGUUCCUGCGCUGCCUGAUGGAUCAGCUUCAUGAGGAGCUCAAGGAGCCGCUGAGCGACUGCGGCACCAGCAGCGAGAGCAGCGACGGCGAGGAGAGGCUGGACGGCGACCGCUCCCCGGCCGAGGACGACUUCCUGUCCUGCGACUCGGGCUCCAGCAGCGACCGGGGAGAGGUGGGAGGCGCCGGAGACGGCGAGCUGCAGGCGCAGGACGAGUACGACGGCGUCCGCCUGCCCUCGGGGGCGGGGGAUGGUCCUGUUGGCGGGGCGAUCUCAGAGAAGGAGAGGCUGAAGGAGAGGAGGGUGUCCGGCUCGCCUCUCCGCGGAGCCUCGCAGGAAAUGGAUGAGGACGCGGAUGUGGACACCGCAGUUGAGGAUGACCUUCCCGAGAGAGGCGAGGACGAGGAGUGCAGGGUGGCGCCGAAUACUGACAGCCAAACCCAAGAGAACAACCUGUCAAGUCCAACAGUUGCAGUCAAGAGCUCAGAGCCAAACAACGAAGCGGCAACGCCCCGGCCACAUUCCACUCCCUGCAGUCCCGUCAGGACCCUCCAGGAGCUCCAUUCCAAACUGUCCUCCAGUCCGCCUCGCUCCAGCCCGUUACGCUCGGCAGGAGCUUCCUACCCCUUCAAGAAAGCUCAGCUGCUGCUCACCUCCAGAAAGAAGAAGCAGUUGCACUAUCGCAGCGUCAUCUCCGACAUCUUCGACGGCUCCAUCCUUAGCCUGGUCCAGUGCUUGACCUGCGACAGGGUGUCUACUACAGUGGAAACCUUCCAAGACCUGUCCCUGCCCAUUCCCGGGAAGGAGGACUUAGCCAAGCUGCACUCUUCCAUCCAUCAGAACAUGCCAGUCAAAACCGGCGUGUGUCCUGAAACGUACGGCUCACAGGGAUGGAUCUCCUUCAUCAUGGACUCCAUACGCCGGUUUGUGGUCUCGUGCAUCCCUAGCUGGUUUUGGGGUCCCAUGGUGACUUUGGAGGACUGCCUUGCUGCCUUCUUUGCUGCAGAUGAACUUAAAGGAGACAACAUGUACAGCUGUGAGAGAUGUAAGAAGUUGAGAAAUGGAGUGAAAUAUUGCAAAGUCCUGCGACUUCCAGAGAUUCUGUGCAUUCACCUGAAACGUUUCCGGCACGAGGUGAUGUAUUCUUUCAAGAUCGGCAGCCACGUUUCCUUCCCGCUGGAGGGCCUGGACAUGCGACCCUUCCUGGCCAAAGACAGUUCAUCCCAAGUCACCACUUACGACCUUCUGUCGGUCAUCUGUCACCACGGCACUGCUGGAAGUGGACACUACAUAGCGUACUGUCAGAACGUCAUCAACGGACAGUGGUACGAAUUUGACGACCAGUACGUCACAGAGGUUCAUGAGACUGUUGUGCAGAACGCGGAAGCCUAUGUGCUCUUCUACAGGAAAAGCAGCGAGGAGUCGGUGAGAGAGCGGCAGAAGGUGGUAGCUUUGGCCAACGCCAAGGAGCCCAGCCUGCUGCAGUUUUACAUCUCCCGAGAAUGGCUUAACAAGUUCAACACCUUCGCCGAGCCCGGCCCUAUAAGCAACCACACCUUCCUCUGUCGCCAUGGAGGCAUCCCACCGACUAAAUACCACUACAUUGACGACCUGGUCGUUAUCGUGCCCCAGAAUGUGUGGGAGUACCUUUACAACAGAUUUGGAGGCGGGCCUGCAGUCAACCACCUGUACAUGUGCGCCAUCUGCCAGGUGGAGCUCGAGGCGCUGGCUAAACGCAGAAAAACGGAAAUAGACACAUUCAUUAAGCUGAACAAAGAGUUCCAGGCCGACGAGGCGCCCACCGUCAUCCUUUGUAUCAGCAUGCAGUGGUUCCGCGAGUGGGAGAGCUUUGUCAAAGGCAAAGACAACGAGCCGCCUGGUCCAAUCGACAAUAGUAAAAUAGGCGUCAUGAAGGCAGGACACGUUCAGCUCAAGCAAGGUGCAGACUACGGUCAGAUUUCAGAGGAGACCUGGCAGUACUUGUUAGCUAUUUACGGCGGGGGGCCUGAAAUUGCUGUCAGGCAAACGGUGGCCCCGCCUGACCCCGACAGUCUUCAUGGAGAGAGGAAAAUAGAAGCUGAGACCAGAGCGCUUUGACAUCACAGAAGCUUCUCUCCACCGAUUGCCCUCGCAGACAGCUGAGGAAUUUGCACCUCUUGGCCGUGAGUGGAUGGAGCAGCGCUGUAUUCUGCAAACCACUGGACCACACGGCACUAUUUUUGUUAUGGAAGUGAAGUUGAAGCUGGUGUUUUAUGUAAAAUGUCACCUUUCCUUACGAGAGACAACUUCCUUGUUGUUGGCCUGCAUAGCAACCUGCUCCGACAACACAGUGCACACCUGGAGCCAAAACUUGAAAUGCACGCCACGUCUGGAAUGUCUCGCGAGUGCAUAAGAAAGCACCAAGCAUGCGUGCGAGUGAGCAUUUUCACGCGCAGUUGAAAAGAAAAGCAUGCCGCUCAUUUCACCAACAGGAUGAACGCAGGCUUUGCUUCAUCAAUUGGCUGAAUUCAACUUCUGAGUCACUCCUGUUGAGGUCCACUGCACCGCUAUGCCGUAAAACAUGUUGGAAUAUGCGCGUAUGGACGGAACAUUGCCCGGGAUGGCGAUAAAACGUCACGAGCAAGACUUUUUGGAUGAAUACGAGCUUACUGUAUGUUCGCCGUCUGUUCAGUGUUAACACAAGAGCUACACAGUGCAUUGUUUACAAAGCAAAUAGGUAGAACAAAGUCAAAGGUUUUCAAGUCAUAAUAAGCUGAUAAGUCUACUGUACGUCUAAAUAUAUUUAUGAGCUGUAGUUGUAUGGAUUAGCAGCAUUUUAAAUAAUGAACCACUACCUAGCUAGCAUUUUAAAAUGAAACACAAACGGUGAAAUCCAUGAUGCUAGCACACUAGAAUUAGCUAUCAUCACUUUAUGAGAAUGUUGGACUUUAGCGACAUUACGUCCAACAACUUUAAUUUAUUAAAGCGUAUCUUAAAUGUCCCCCGAGCAAUAUUGUGAAAAGGCUAACAAAUCUAAUAGUUUGAUUCCUGCUCAUUAGCAAAAGAAGCUUGGUUAGCAUUGUGGAGAGCAGCUGCUGUCACCUUAUUUCACGUCAAUCAUUAUUUCACACAUUUAUUUUGAAAUGUCAACAGGAUGUCCUCUUGUAU